AUGUCUAUUUACCACCGGUACGCCGUGUUCUACUGCAUUCAACGGUACCAAGCCGAUAUCGACAAGCUGGGUGACCUUUUAUCUCAGUUCGAUAUUGUGGACAAUUAUUCUGAUAAUAGAAUUACGGUUAAUCGGGACCAUCCUGAUACUAAAAGCAUGAUCAAAACCGCAGAUGGAGCUGCAGAUGCUUCACACCCAAGACAUGGUGCCGAAAACGAAACGGACGCGACACAAGAACUUCGAGUGCGCGAGGACGUCGAAGAGAGCGAGAUCCACGAGCAUGACGAUGACAACCACAUGCCAGAAGGCAACAGAUGCCGAGUUUCUCCGAAUUCCAAACUUGACAGCCAGGAGAAGCCUGGUGCCGGAAAUGGCAUUGGACUGGACGAAGUAUGGAAUCGGCCGCAAGAAAUACCGAUUGCCACCAGCGCAAAACCGGAAACUGAAGAACGCCCUCGACUCAAGUUUGCCCGAUCGCAAUUGGACAGAGUGCGUUCCUGCGGCCGUAUCCUUCAGCGACUGAACGCAGGGCUUGCUAAAAAUAUCCAUCGCAUCGAGACGGAGGAAAACGAACUCUCGUCGGAGUCAAUACGACACUUGUGGAGUGAGGCGGCGAGAUUAAAUGGCACGGAGAAAAUCAAGCCACUUCGGGCAACUACUAGCUGGUGGGAGAAUGAGGCACGCAGCGAGGACACGAGAAGCUUUAGUCCCACCGCAAACAACACCGCUCGUACAACGGCAGUGACAAGUCAUCGGUUACCAUGUAGCCCUCUCCAGAAUCCAAUCAUGGCAAACGACUUGCUUUGGGAUGACCAAGUAAAACAGUGGCAGCUAGGUAUGGGCCGACUCAUGGACGACCAGGGACGGCGGUACCUCAAAAUUUGA